AGAUGCCUUCAGAUAUCCUGGAAGAAUACAGGAAAACUUCUAGAAAUCUUGCCAAAACAUCCAGCAACUUACGAAACCUCAAAUACGGCGACGGCACGCGAAUCUAUUCAGACGAAUGCAUUUCACAGAUAGAAGAGAUCGAAUGUUCUCCAUUCUACUGCUCAGCAAAUGAAAAACAGUUGCUAACAAAACACGACCAAGGAGACUGCAACAGCAUUAUUAGCCGAUGGUAAGUAUAGGUUAUACUUAUACUACGGGACGAAUUUAAAGUUUGCGGUUUGCCGCCAUUACAUGCUGAUGCGUUCGAAGUAAUUUUUUCCGUAUAAGUUUUUGACGCCUCUGAGACAAUUCCUUUCUUCCGUCUCAAAUCAGUUCAAUGAUUUGCCUAAAUGGCAGACAGUUAAUCAGAACAAGAGAUGGUUGUUUGCGUAUAUGUCAUGCACUAUUAAAACAUUCAAAUACCCUAGCCCUAUAGGCCUGAGUUAAAGUAAGUGGCGUAGCCAGCCCGACGAUUUGGUCCCGCUAUGCAAAUUUCAACUCAUCUUUCAUCAUUCAUUUCUUUAGAAAUUAAUUGUGUUGUAUAUAUACAUAGUUUAUAAACAUGGCAAUAUUUGCACAGCUGGACUGAAUCGUCGGGCUGGCUACGUUUGUAGUUGAAGAGUGCAGACAGCACGGCUAUCAGCUCAUAUUCGACUCGAGUUCGUAGAAUAACUGUUAAAUAAUGACCACAAUUUAAGAGAUGAUAUAUUGCUAACUUUUUGUAUGUUCCGUAUCAUCUAGUUCCGAGUAUACGUUUUAAUCAGUUAAUAAAAUUAGAUGAAAAAUAGUUACCCUUUGCGUACGGACGUAGGAGAAAACUUCUCUCGUUCAUAGCGAACAAGAAACGGGUAUAUAGUUGGUAACCGAUUAUUAUCCGUAUCGUUCAGUGUGCAUUAAAAAUACUAGGAGAGGGAAUGCAAAUUUAACACUACUCUACGUAAGAUUUUGACUUUUCGUUUUAGUAUUGACGAAAUAAUAAAAAAAGUCGCGGACGGACCGGUCAAGAGUGUGAUAGAAAAACUGAAAAGUGUAUUGCAAUCUAUCUGCAACAACUACCCGAAAACCUCUGCCCAGUUACAGCCAGAACCUCCAACUGUAACUUCCUCUGGAAACUGUCAUUUUGGUCAACCCAUUCUGUUGGCAGUCAUGAUUUAUUUCUUUAUCAAGAUCUAUGUGUGAACAAGAAUUCAGGGGCGCCCGAUGCAACGUGAAGCGGCAGGGGGGGAGGGGCUGUCAUUAAGAAAAUGGCUUGCUUACUUGUAGCCAAUGUAGUUGGACAAUUUCGACAUUGAUUGCAACAUUUGCAUCUUUAUUCAUUGUAAAAUGCAUUGUCAAACAAUAUGACAGUUUGUUAGUUGUUUAGGAAAGGCUUUCUUUUUUAAUUUUUUUCACGUUGGUAAAGUUUCUAAAAGGAAUUUUAUAUUCAGCUUUGAGCUAAAUUUCUUGAAAACACUUCUCAAUUUCAGUUCAUGUGAAUAACGCACGAAUUUCGAAGUGUAGUUUUUGUGAAAAGGCAAUCUAUUGCCCCCGCGAUGCCCCGCGCACUGCUUGGACAAUGGGGCAGCUGUCUUCGUGGCUUCGGGGCCCCUGAUCUUGUUAGUAAUUAUUUGUAUUGGUUUAUAUUAAUCUGUUUAUUGUGUUAGUAAUGACAGCUAGUUAAUUAAUUAAAUUAUAGCUUAUUAACAUUAACUUGGUAUAUAUAUAUACAAGGCUUAUAUUGUUUUAAUUUUUCCUUAUUACUAAUACUCAGUUUUUAAAGUUAUAUGUGUUUAAUGUUUAAUUUAUACAUUCUGUA